AUGUAUUUCAAGUAUGACAAAGACAUGAUGGAGAAGAUCAUUAGGAAGCUUACGGCGGACAGCAGCGGAAACAGAAGAACUGAAGACCAACUUAAGGCCGGCGAGGAGGCCAGUGUAAAUGAGCAUUAA